AUGAGGUAUUUCAUUGAAGCAAAACAAUCUGUGAAACUGAAGGCUGCAUAUAAGAUUGGAGCAAGUAAGUGGCUGCUGCUGGCUGUUGGAGCUCAAGCAAAGAUAUCCUUCACUAAAGAGCCAUAUUCUCAGGAUGCCUUGCAUGGUCGCAGUGCCAUUUUGCGCUGUGAAGUGAAAGAGCCUAGAGAUACAGAAUUUGAGUGGUUACAGAACGGGGUACCUAUUCAGGACACUGAACGGCGUUUCAAGGAAGGGAGUAACCUUCAGUUUGCAUCUGUUGAUCGUCAGCAAGAUGGUGGGAACUUCCAAUGUGUUGCCAGGAAUAUAGUUACUGGAGAAGAAGCUCGGACAACAAAUGCAUCUUUCAACAUAAAAUGGAUUGAAACAGGAAAAGUUGUCUUGAAGAAUCCAGACAGAGUGGAGGAUAUACAGAGUUCUGCCCCAGUAACAUUGCAUUGUCAUAUUGAUGGGCACCCACGUCCAACAAGUCAGUGGUUCCGCGAUGGUACCCAAAUUGUAGAUGAUCGUACAAAUUACUCAGUCAAUAACAAGGAACGGACAUUGACCUUCAAGAGUGCCAGCCCAGAUGAUAAUGGCAUUUAUUACUGUUGUGCUCGGAAUGCUGUGGGCAUUGUAUGCAGCAGAAACAACUUCACUCUUAGUAUUAUAGAUGAAAGCUUCCCCCACCCAGUGAUUGUUCCUGAGAACCAAAUUGUCAAUAAAAAUGAAGAGGCUAUGUUCCACUGUAAGUUCCAGGCUGUGCCACCUCCCACUCAGGAAUGGCUAUUUGAGGAUGAUUCCCCUGUUCAAAAUCGGACCAGGACCAUCAUAUUUUCCAAUGGCUCUUUACUAGUAACUCAGGUGAAACCACGCAGUGUUGGAGUCUAUAAAUGUGUUGGCCGUGGACAGAAAGGAAAACCCGUAAUCCUGGAGGCAACCCUACAACUGGCAGAAAUUGAAGAUUUCUCCCAAGUGUUUGAUCCCCAAAUUUUCAUAGCCAAUAAAGAACAACGUGUAACCUGUGUGGCUCCUCAUGGGAUCCCUGAACCCCGUAUCUGGUGGGAGAGGAACAAUGUUCAGAUCCCCACUACUGGCAGAGUUCACCAAGAAGCAGGGGACCUCGUCUUCACUACUAUUGUAGAAAAGGAUGCUGGAAUAUACACCUGCCAUGCUGUGAACAAGGCUGGAGAAAAAAAACAAGAUCUUUCCAUUACAGUAGCAACAAUGCCAGAAUGGGUGGAAAAGCCCAAGGACAGUCAGCUAGAAGAGAGUAAACCAGGAUACCUUCAUUGUCUUAGUAAAGCCUCUCUGAAGCCCACUGUCAACUGGUUUCGUAAUGGCAUCCCUAUUUCAGAGGAUUCCCGCUUUGAAAUUGCUGAGAAUGGGACGCUGCGUAUUAACAAUGUGGAAGUGUAUGAUGGGACAGUUUUCAAGUGUGUAAGCAGCACUCCAGCAGGAAGUAUUGAAGAACAAGCUCGUGUGCAUGUUCUGGAAAAGCUGAAGUUUACUCCUCCUCCUCAACCUCUGCAGUGUGUCGAAUUUGAUAAAGAAGUCACUGUUUCCUGCUCAGCUACAGGGCGAGAAAAACCUGCAAUCCAUUGGAUUAAAACCGAUGGGAGAAAUCUGCCAGCUUGGGUCAGUGACAAUUCUGGAAACCUGCACUUUCAUAAAGUGACACGAAGUGAUGCUGGAAACUAUACUUGUAUUGCUUCCAAUGGUCCACAAGGAGAGAUCAGAGCAACAAUUCAUCUGACAGUGGCAGUAUUUAUAAGCUUUAAAUUGAGGCCAGAUGACACAACAGUAUAUCCAGGACACACAGCCAUGUUCCAGUGCCAAGCUGAGGGUGACCCAUUGCCACAAAUCCAGUGGAAAGGAAAGGAUAGGAUUCUGGAUCAUGAUGAAUUUUCACCCAGGAUCCAAAUUAUGACCAAUGGCUCUCUGAUAAUAUAUGAUGUCACCACUGAGGAUUCUGGCAAGUAUACUUGCAUUGCUGGCAACAGUUGCAACAUCAGGCACCACGAGGCCUUUCUUCACGUGGUUGAUAAACCAGUUACCAAACGUGAGGAUGCACCCAACAGCCACACUCCCUAUAAAAUGAUUCAGACCAUAGGGCUAUCUGUUGGUGCUGCAGUAGCGUAUAUAAUAAUUGUGUUGGGCCUCAUGUUCUACUGCAAGAAGAGGAGGAAAGCAAAGAGGUUGAAGAAGCAGCCAGAAGGUGAGGAACCAGAGAUGGAAUGCCUGAAUGGGGGCACUUUGCUGCAAAAUGGGCAAACUACUGCUGAGAUCCAAGAAGAAGUGGCUCUGACGAACAUUGGCAGCAGCUCUGCAGUCAACAAGAGGCACAGUAGUAGUGAUAAAAUGCACUUCUCUCGGUCUAGCCUGCAGACAAUCACUCCUCUGGGCAAAGGUGAAUUUGGAGAUGUCUUCCUGGCUAAGGCAAAAGGCAUUGAGGACAAUGACACUGAAGUGCUUGUUUUAGUCAAGAGUCUUCAGUCAAGGGAUGAACAGUUACAGUUGGCCUUCAGGCAAGAAUUUGAGAUGUUUGGCAAACUGAACCACAGCAACGUGGUGCGAUUACUUGGCCUAUGCCGGGAAGCAGAGCCUCACUAUAUGAUCUUGGAGUAUGUAGAUCUGGGAGAUCUGAAGCAGUUCCUGAGGAUUUCCAGGACUAAAGAUGAGAACCUCAAGCCGCAGCCCAUUAGCACAAAACAGAAGUUAUCUUUCUGCUGCCAAGUGGCACUGGGGAUGGAACAUCUCUCUAAUAGCAGAUUUGUUCACAAAGAUUUGGCGGCUCGGAACUGCCUGGUCAGUGCACAAAGGCAGGUGAAGGUGGCAAACCUAAGUCUCAGCAAGGAUGUUUACAACAGCGAAUACUAUCACUACCACCAAGCCUGGAUUCCACUUCGUUGGAUGCCCCCUGAAGCCGUCUUGGAGGAUGAAUUCUCCACAAAAUCUGAUGUGUGGUCCUUCGGGGUCGUCAUGUGGGAGAUAUUUACAUUGGGGGAAUUGCCAUAUUCAUCACUAGUGAAUGAAGAGGUGUUAGCAGGUUUACAGUCUGGGAAGAUGAAGCUUCCCCAUCCGGAGGGUUGUCCCUCCAAAUGUUACAAGGCGAUGCAGCGCUGUUGGGCUCUAAGCCCAAAGGACCGCCCAUCUUUCAGUGAGAUUGCUAACAUGCUUGGAGAAAGCCCAUCAGAAAGCAAGGCCUGAGCAGGAAAUGCCAGCCUUGUUCAGAGGUUGGGCUGGGCUGAAAUCUCAUUUUGGCAUUUUGACUGUUACAGAUUUUCAAUGGGACCUAACAAGCAAAAGGGACCAAGAAUUUUUACACUAGUGGACAAAGGCUGUGGAUGUUUUCUUGAUCUGAGCUGUCUUCACCAGGCUCUGUCCUCUGUGCCUGGCCAGGUUGCAUUCCUCCAGGGUCUACCUCUGACAUCCACAGGACUAGUUAAAAACAUCUUAGAGAUGAAGGGAAUGCUGGGAGCUACCAUCAUAAGAUAAUUUCACAAGGAAAGCCUGUCGCACAUUUUUGGGACUUCUCUGUCUUGGCACAUUUAACCUUUUAUUUACUUUUCAAAUCUUUUCACAGAAAAGCACAGACAGGUUCCUUCUGGAAAAGGGUCUUGGUUUGUGGGGGAGGGCACACAGAGAGAUCCAUGCUGCUCAGUCGUUAAUAUUUUUUGGCAGGAGGCAUUAAGAUGGCAACAGGGAAAACUAAACUUGAAAAGGCCUGUUGUCGCUUCUAUAAUUUCUGCAGUAUAUGGACAGAUUUACCUUGUAAAGCAGGCAAAAGGAGUGCUAUGUACAAUAGCAGCCCUUUCCCAAGCUAACCUAAUUUUUGAUCCUGCAAUCUUUUCUCACUUGACUUGAAUCAGAAAGGUCUGGAUCGCAAUUAUUUUUUAUCUUAAAGAUAUCCCGUGACUUUUCCUUGAUCAUAUCCCUGCAAAAGGAAGCAGCCUUUGGGGGAAGCAUUCACUGCACAGGAUCUAAGGAGGUUCCUUUCCUAGUCCACCAUAUGCUAUCUUUUUAAAGCAAGGAGGAACCUGCAUAUUUAUUGAGCAAUACUUUAUUUCUCCUCCUGGUACUGUCAGUCUGUCGGGCCUUCUGUCACCUCCCUGCAUACCCAGAAAAGAGCAACAUACACUAAGUGCCUGGCAUAUGAAGGAGAUUUUCAUUAGCUUUCCUGAUUAUCUAAUGCCGCCUUUUUAUAUGAUUAUUUGGGGCAAUGUUUGUUUUUCUUACUUUUUUAAAGAAAUGUUGACACCUUGCAGCCUAAAUAAUUCUUUCUAUAUAUAUAUAUAUAUAUAUAUUAUUGGAAUUGCAGCCUAGAGUCAAUUUAGCUUCAGUUUGCUUGAGCAGAGGGGUAGAACAACCAAGAGGUUUUUUUUUAAUAAAAUAAAGUACACUGCUUGCAAUAAAGAGUCCCUCUUAAAAAAAUUAAAAUAAAUAAAUUGCAAUCUGUGUUUCUUCUUCUGUUUCUCUAGAUUAAUAAAACCAUCUAAAAAGGAAUUUUCUGGGGAUUGUGGGACACAAGAUACAAAUGUUAUCAUAUUAAGCUUGCAUGUACAGUCAUAAAUAGAAAAAAUUUUCUUCAUACCCUUUUGAAAUGCUUUUCAUCAUUGAACUUAUCUCAUUUUUUUCAUUACCUGGGUUGAUUCAUGCAUAAUGCUAUGUCAUAGUGAAUAGAAAACAACCCCAGCUCAUUAUGGCUGAGCAUUAUUUGUGAACUGAGCAGUUGUUUCUAGACUCCGUUAAAUUUGGGUCUUUAGUCCAGACCAUGAUACUCUUGAGAUAUAGCAUGUCAGUUUCUUCACAUGGCAUAUUCUCCCAAUCCUGAUUUAAUGAUUUAAUAUUCAGCAGGAGUCUUCCAAGUCUUCCAAAGACAGGCUGAUUCCAUUACAUCUCUUUCCCAGUACAUCAUCAUGGUUAAUGUAACAAACUCAAACAUCAUUUGUUUGAAUGAGAGCUGUAAUCUAAAAAAUCAGCUUUCUGUUUUGUAUUUAAUAACUUGGAAAUAUGCCACAUAGCACUGAAUACUAUAUUGCAUAAAAAAUGUUUUAGAAUUUAAUUCUGAAGUAAAAAUUGGAAGCAAGCUCAAGUGAUACAACCAACUCCUAUGCUUUUUCUAUUGCAACGCCAACAUUAUUUGUGAAUUGAGAUAAACCUUGAGAUAUGAUAAGGCCAAGUGACAUGGAAAAUUACUUUAGCCAUUGUCUGUUACUGAAGUAUAAGAUAUAUACAUGACCAUAUUUUCUUGGAAAAAAUAAAGGACAAAUUGCUCCUUGAAAAAGGAGCAAAUUUGAAAGAGGUUCAUAAGGAUAAAAAAAAAUGUUUAUAACUGCUCUACAAAG